UAACAAGUAUUGCUCGGUCGUGAGUCGUGGCUCGUUCACUAGCCAAACACAAAAUCCAUGGCGCAGGUGCUGAGCCUACGCGUUCCAACCCCAACGCCCACGCUGCACCACCGCACUUUAUCGUUGACGCGGCCGUCCCUGCUAACUUUACACACUAUUCCCUCCUCCAGCUCCGAGGAUAGUUUCAGUUCUCUACAGCACAAACUCUAUUGCAAUGGCAGAUUUUCUUGCCUCUUCGCUGGUAACCGCAAACAGGAGGAGGCUAGAAGAGCUUUAGAAAGUGCUCUGGGAGGAAAGAAAAGUGAGUAUGAGAAAUGGGAUAAAGAAAUUAAACGGAGGGAGGAAGCAGGUGGAGGAGACAAUUCGGGUGGAGGCGGCUGGUGGGGUAGAUGGUUUGGUGGCUCCGGCGAUGGCCAUUUCUGGCAGGAAGCUCAACAAGCAAGCCUUGCUAUUUUGGGCAUCAUCGUCAUGUACUUGAUAGUUACAAAAGGAGAUGUGAUACUUGCUGUUGUAUUCAACCCUCUGCUGUUCACGCUGCGAGGAGCAAGGAACGGGUUUACUUAUGUAUCAUCACAGAUUAUGAGAAAGGUAUAUCCAGCUAGCCAAGACAGCUUUGGUACUGUUUCUCAGGAGGAAGUUUCUUCCCAUGUUUCUGCGAAAGACAGCGUAGCGAGAAAAUGGGGAAGCGAUUGAUCAUUUGUUCACUAGCAAGUACCUUUCUUCUCCUUUUUAAGAUUGUAUUCUGAUAUUAUUACGUAGUUCUUCCGGUUAGCUCUUUAUUCAGUGUGGAGAGGGGGAUUUGAUAGGCAGGGAGGGGAUUAUGAAGGAGGAUUUGGCUUCUUAUAUGAGAGAUCCAUAGAGAGUUUUUGGCUAAGCAUUAGGUGAAAAUUGAAUCAUCAGCUCCAAGUUAUUCUGAUCUUAACAUUUGAAAUGGAAAUAUACACAAUUUUGUAAUGUUUUGAUGUGAUUACCAUACUAUCUUUUGUGUUGA